CUAUUAGAAGAUGAAGAAGCUAAACAACAAAAACCUUCUUCCAACUUUUUCUGAUCGUCAAUGGCGAUUACUACUACUACAGUUCGUAUCACUGAUGGAAUCGCUCCCACCUUCUCUUCCUCAGCUUCGAAAAAAGCUUACAAUCUCCAUUUUUGCUACGCGAAUUCAACCCAAAGAUUUACGAAUACGAAAUUCGGAAUCGGUGGGAAGUUGAAGGCGACGGUGAAUCCGUAUUCGUAUACGGAGGAAGUACGGCCUGAGGAACGGAAGAGUUUGACGGAUUUUUUGGUGGAAGCUGGAGAUUUCGUCAGAUCAGACGGCGGAGAUAGUGGUCCGCCACGGUGGUUCUCACCGUUGGAAUGUGGCUCACGUGCUCCUGGAUCUCCUCUUCUUCUCUACUUACCUGGAAUUGAUGGUACUGGAUUAGGGCUCAUUCGCCAGCAUAAGAGGCUUGGAGAGAUAUUUGACAUAUGGUGCCUUCACUGUCCAGUGAAAGAUCGUACCCCUGCUCGAGAUCUUGUGAAGCUCAUUGAGAAGACAGUUCGGUCAGAGCACUACCGUUUCCCAAAUAGACCUAUCUAUAUAGUUGGAGAAUCUAUUGGAGCUUCUCUUGCUCUAGAUGUUGCAGCCAGUAACCCUGACAUCGAUCUUGUCUUGAUUCUGGCUAAUCCAGUCACACGUUUCAACAACUUCAUGUUGCAACCUUUAUUGGGCCUACUGGAAAUUUUGCCUGACGAAGUUCCCAGCUUGGUAACAGAGAAUUUUGGGUUUAACCAAGAAAUGUUCGAGACUAUGCUCAAUGAAACUGAUGCCGCGCAGAUGGGUAGAAGGCUAUUAGGAGAGUUCUUUGCAACUUCAUCUAAUCUGCCUACUCUGAUUAGAAUCUUUCCCAAGGACACACUUCUAUGGAAGCUUCAAUUGCUUAAGUCUGCUUCAGCGUCUGCUAAUCCUCAGAUGAACACAGUCAACGCCCAAACACUGAUACUUCUGAGUGGACAUGAUCAAUGGUUAAUGAACAAGGAAGACAUUGAAAGACUCCGUGGUGCAUUGCCAAGAUGUGAAGUUCGUGAGCUUGACAAUAAUGGACAGUUCCUCUUCUUGGAGGAUGGAGUAGAUCUGGUGACUAUCAUCAAGCGUGCCUAUUAUUAUCGUCGUGGGAAGUCACUUGAUUACAUUUCGGAUUACAUUCUGCCUACCCCAUUUGAGUUCAAAGAGUAUGAAGAAUCACAAAGAUUGCUAACUGCUCUUACCUCCCCAGUCUUUCUCUCAACUCUAAACAAUGGUGCAGUAGUAAGAUCACUUGCAGGAAUACCUUCAGAGGGACCGGUUCUGUAUGUUGGCAAUCACAUGUUGCUUGGUAUGGAGUUGCAUGCAAUAGCACUUCAUUUCUUGAAAGAAAGGAACAUUCUGUUGCGAGGACUGGCACAUCCAUUGAUGUUUACCAAAAAAAGUGGCUCAAAACUCCCUGAUAUGCAGUUGUACGACUUAUUUAAGAUAAUAGGCGCAGUUCCUGUCUCGGGAAUGAAUUUCUACAAACUACUUCGUUCAAAGGCUCACGUGGCUUUGUACCCUGGAGGUGUUCGUGAAGCUUUGCACAGAAAGGGUGAAGAAUACAAGUUGUUUUGGCCAGAACAUUCGGAGUUUGUAAGGAUAGCAUCUAAAUUUGGAGCAAAAAUCAUUCCUUUUGGAGCUGUUGGAGAAGAUGAUCUCUGUGAAAUGGUUUUAGAUUACAAUGAUCAAAUGAAGAUCCCUUUUUUGAAGAAUCUUAUUGAAGAGAUAACACAAGACUCUGUUAACUUGAGGAACGAUGAAGAAGGCGAAUUGGGAAAACAAGAUUUGCAUGUGCCUGGAAUAGUUCCCAAGAUUCCGGGACGGUUUUACGUAUACUUUGGGAAACCAAUAGAAACAGAAGGUAGAGAGAAAGAGCUAAAUAAUAAAGAGAAAGCUCAUGAGGUUUACUUGGAGGUCAAGUCUGAGGUGAUUCUUGGUUGCGUUAGACUGAAUAUCCAAAUCCGGAUAAAUAAAAAUGGGAUGCUAACAAACUGCUAAGUUCUAGUAUAAUUUAUGACGUGUAUGUGAAGCUUUUUCAUCUUUAAUAAUCAAGCUUAAAAGCUAUUCAUGUUUUUGAGUCAUUUAUUACGACUACAUUUUCCUGGUCGUUACUGUGUUGAUCUCUGUUUUGACUGUUGAGGUGAUUCUUGGUUGCGUUUGACGGAAUCUUUUGUGUAUGUAGGAACAAAGAAUCUCAAUUUUUCUUGAUUUGAAUCUUUUUUUUAGUUCUUCUUUGGCUUUGUUGUGUGUAGGUUUGUAGUUGAUGAUGGUUCAGUACCCUCCCUUUAUGAUCAUUUUAGUAAUUUUUGUCUCAAUCUUCGUAUUGGCAACACUCAAUGUCUUCGUUAAACUGCAGAUCUGUUUCGUUGAUUCAAUAUUUUUGUGUAAGGUUUUUACCAUAUUAACAUAAAACUUCUCAGCAUUG